AGGCUUGCCCCAGCAAAAACCCGGCACUGGCUUUUGUGAAAAACUCGAGACUGGCGGCUGCUGAGACCUAUUUACGACAAUUUCAAGGUUCCCUGUGCCUUAAAUCCCAAACUCUUUGCUUCCCGACCCUCCCGUUCGAGCUCUCGGCGAUCUUCUGAGAAAGUCUGAGGCUCCUUAGUACCUUCUCUAGUAUGAACUGUUCAGCCUGCCCGCAAGUUGUAACUACGCAGGCGCCAAGACAGCCAACCAAGGAGGCUGCAGAUCGGGUGCCAGAAGCUCUAGAGAGCUUCAGGGCGGAGAGAGAAGGAGCCAAUGGCUGGAAGGAGGGAGGGUGGGAGCUCCCGGUCUCGGGGAGGAGGCGCUAGAGAUGGGGUGAAGGGGCGUUCAGGGGCUCCGCGGGUCUAAGUCCUCCUGGGCUGCGGAAGUUGAGCAACCGGGAGGCGGGCUUAGGGCCGGAAGCAGGAAGGAGGGCUCAGGACGCAGGGCGCCGCUGCCAGCCUUGCUGUCGGCCGGUGGGACUGUCAGUGGCCAGAGCAGGAUGGAGAAGCUACGGCUCCUGAGCCUCCGCUACCAGGAGUAUGUGACUCGUCAUCCAGCCGCCACGGCCCAGUUGGAGACGGCUGUGCGGGGCCUCAGUUACCUGCUGGCAGGUCGCUUCUCCGAUUCACACGAGCUGUCUGAACUGGUGUACUCUGCCUCGAACCUGCUGGUGCUGCUCAAUGACGGGAUCCUGAGGAAGGAGCUUCGAAAAAAGUUGCCUGUGUCGCUGUCCCAGCAGAAGUUGCUGACAUGGCUGAGUGUACUGGAGUGUGUGGAGGUGUUCAUGGAGAUGGGGGCUGCCAAGGUGUGGGGCGAAGUAGGCCGUUGGCUCGUCAUUGCUCUCAUCCAGUUGGCCAAGGCCGUCCUGCGCAUGCUCCUGUUGAUCUGGUUCAAGGCUGGCAUUCAGACAUCACCCCCCAUUGUUCCACUGGACAGGGAAACUCAGGCACAGCCCUUGGAUGGUGACCACAAUCCGGGCAGCCAGGAGCCAUCAUAUGUGGGGAAACGGUCACACAGAGUGGUGCGAACCCUCCAGAACAGUAAGUGGAAGAUGUAGCUGGACUGGGCACCUAGGUGCUGAGGCCCAUCCCUGCACUCACGGUACUGGGGAGCCCCUCAGCAGCGGGAAAUUCGGCAGAAACAGCAGCAGGAGGAACUGAGCACACCCCCAACACCUCUGGGGUUGCAGGAGACCAUUGCAGAGUCUUUGUACAUCGCCCGGCCCCUGCUGCACUUGCUCAGCCUGGGCUUAUGGGGUCAGCGAUCGUGGACACCCUGGCUACUGUCUGGUGUGGUAGAUAUGACUAGCCUGAGUCUCCUGAGUGACAGGAAGAACUUGACCCGGAGGGAGCGGCUAGAACUGAGGCGUCGCACAAUCCUGCUGCUAUACUACCUGCUACGCUCACCGUUCUAUGACCGCUUCUCUGAAGCCAAGAUCCUCUUCCUGCUCCAGCUGCUUACAGACCACAUCCCUGGCGUGGGUCUGGUGGCAAGGCCGCUCAUGGACUACUUGCCCUCCUGGCAGAAAAUCUAUUUCUACAGUUGGGGCUGACAGCCAUGAGGGAGCUGGGGCAGAGGGCCAUGUGCUGUGCUCUGCUGCUCUGGGCAGGGCCCCUCAGCCCUCCAGUUCCCCCAGGCCCCUCUUCUCUAAUAAACCUGACUCUGGUAGUGUCCAG